AUGUCUACCUACUCGACCAGUUCCAGGGACGCCUCCCGGGACCGUGCUGAGUCUCGAUUAGUGAAGCACCAACACUCUUUUUCGGAGUCUGGCAGAAGCUCCGUGCCCAUGUGGGACAGUUCAGAUCCCGAUAGAGCACCUCCACCACUACCGUUGAACCCCGGAGUAGGGAGCCCGAUUACGAGAUCUAACACCUCCAAACGCAUCGAUGAAGCUGCCGCUCUGAUCACAGCAAGAGCACGAGAGAAUGCGCCCAGCUCUUACACGACCAAUCCUCCCCCGCUUUCUCCUGACCGAAACAUCAUGCGACCACACAACAGGCGAACGCAAAACAUUCCAAGCCCUGGCGGCAUCCGGCUGAGCGAUUCUCUGGAAAGAAGAUCUCCCGAGAAAGGCCUACGCACCGCCAAAUUCGUGGACUUCGAAGACUUCCGUAGCAGCAGAUCCUCCGACCGCGGCCCAACACGACCGAGGUCAGAGACUCCAACGCCUGCAGACAGAAAUGUAUCGAGGUCUAAAGAGGUGGAGAACACACCGCCAGGCUCGAACAUGUUGGCUCUGCAGACAGUCAGAAAUAGACAGGACGCCAUGCCCCUUGGGGACAUCAGCAAUGGAGCAUCGCCGCCAACAUUCUCAUUUGAUGCCCUCUCUUCUCAGAUAUUGAGUCUCACCAACAUAGUCGCGAACGUCCAAAAAGAGAUGGCAAGUCUCAACAAGCGGAGCAAGGACAACUAUGGUGAUCUGAUGAGUUUGAAAGAAGCCACUACAUCAAGGGACGAGGAUAUCCGCAAGAGUCUAAGAGAAUUGGUCACAGGGCUUGAGAACAAGUUCAGCAAACUUGACUCCCGAAUGCUUCCCUCGCCGGAGGCUAGCAGAUCUACUCCAAACAUGGGGCUUUAUCUCGACGACAAGGCACAUAACGGUUCUCCACGACCAAAGAGCUUCGGGCUGCCACGCAUUGGUAGCCCGACAUCUUUUUCCAUGUCACUUGAACGAGAGUUGACUGCUUCACCCUCUCUUGCUUGCGUGGAUGGAGCAGCAAGUAUCGCUCUUCUAGAAAAGGUUCUCAGGGAGAUGGCUACUCGUGAAGGCCAGGACAGAAUCAUGAGCACUCUUGAGGCAGUCAAAACACAGGCUCUCUCACGUUCACAAUCUGGGCCCGCUACUCCGGUUGCGAUAGACCCUGCGAUGAUGUCAAAACUGGAGGAUAUCUUAAUCUUGAUGAAGGAGAUGAAACAAGAGUCAGGAUCGAAAGCUUUGGUGCGGUCACCGGCCACUGACAACGGGAAAGGACCUUCGAACUUGGAGCUCUAUCUCGACGGAGAUCCUCGAACAGGAGGUCUCGCCAAAUCGAGCCCAGAGACGACGAAUGACGAGUUAACGAAGAUGUUGAAGAGUGUCAAGCAGUCCCUUGCCCAGGGAGGCGGCCUUACCAACGAGGUCAAAGUUCUUGUCCGGGAGUUGAGAGGUGAAGUCCUUGGAAUGGGUCGCGAGCUUGGAAGGAAAUUGGAACAUACUCUGAAUGCGCACAAAGGAAGCAGUGGUGAGGCUCAAGGUGUGAAAUCAGAUGAGAUUGCCGCCAUAGUCCAGCAAGGCCUUGUGGAACUCAAAGAGCACAUGCAUCACAUUUUGCAAGAGAGCAGGCGCCGUUCGUUGGAGAAACCCCAGUCACAAGUCGACACUCAGGAGGUGAUUCACGCCGUGCAGGGAAUACUAUCUGGAUGGCCUCGCCCUCAUGAAGAAGGAACUCGGAAUCCAAUUGCGGAACGACAAGAGUUGCUUGCGGCAAUUAGAGAAGCAUGGGAGGACUGCAAGCCAGAAAUCGCUCUGGAGCAUUUUGGACUUGAGCGAGACGAAAUAUUGGAAACGCUCAAAGAGGGCCUCAAAGCAUAUCAACCUCAGGAACCUAUCGCCAGGGACAUGGGCGCCAGCUACCAGGAUGUACUCGAAGCUGUUCGAAAAGGGUUGGCGGAGUUCAAACUACCUGACCUUCACAUUCCUGCAGCAGUCUCAAGAGAAGACAUGGUGAUCGCUGUCCGCGAGUGUCUGGAAACCUUCCAGUGGCCUAGCGUCCCCAACGCGAUGGGCAGCGGCAGCGAUCUAACUCGAGAAGACGUCCGUGAAGCUAUUCGAGACGGGCUAGCACAACAAGAGAAAAUGACCCAGGAAGGCUUCGCAGAAAUUGUGCGGGAGGGUUUGUCAAAUCAAGAACCGAUCUCGAAGGAGAUUGAGUUCAACCGUGAAGACCUCUUCGAUGCAAUCAGGGCUUGCCUCGAAGGCGACCAGAAUCCACUUGGAGGCAUGGGUGAACGCGUCAUUGAGGCCAUGCAUGAAUUUCUCGGCAGUAUGAAGACAGAGUUUCAACAAUACUCUGCCGCCAGUGGGAAGGACACCGAACAGGUGCUCGACGCUCUUAAGGACGGUCUUGAGGAUCUCAGAGCCGAGAUCGAGAGCUACGUUGACCGCGCCUCGGAUGUCACUGGCAAGGAUGAGAUUAUUGACACUGUCAAAGCUGGCUUUGCUGCCAUGCAAGCAGACAUCGACAAGGGCCUUUCAGGUCGCAGCCAGGGAGCUCCCAACACGCCUGAACUUUUGGAUGCUAUGGAGAAGGAGUUUGAGCAUCUUCGGGAGACCAUCAGUAAGAGCAUGGCGAGAGGCGAUCUUGUCUCUGAGAAGGACGAAAUCUUGGACGCCAUUCGGGAUUUAUCCGAUGACAGACAUUCCAGUCUCAGCAGCAACAGCGAAGACAUUGUUCGUCUAGUCAAGGAAGAGCUGGAACACAUGCGGACGACUCUGGCCAGUACCCUAAUCAAGAGCGGUUCGUCACUGGAUCGUGACGAGGUGCUCGAGGUGAUCCGUGAAGGCCUUGGUUCGACUCGAUCAGUACCCAAAGGGGAUGGCAACGAAAGCAUUCUUUCGAACACCAGUGAACUGCUGGACGCUUUCCAGGACGGUGUCGACGGCAUCAGAGCCGACAUUCAAAAAUUGACUGAUCGCCCGGUUGACCUCAGCACAAGCUAUGAAAUACUUGACGCGCUGAAAACAGGAAUUGAGGAAGUCCGCACAGAUAUCGGCCGGCUGUAUGAGAAGCAGAAUGAGGAUUCCGAAACAGGCACAGCCGGAGGUCAAGAGAUGGUCGUUCAUGAUCAAACCCGCAUCUCUACUGAGAUAGAGGGAUUGAAAGUGAUGAUCACUCAGUUGAGAAUCAAAGUCGAAGCAUUAGACGGUAUGACACCGCCGCCGGCGCCAACAGAAACACGCAUACACAAAGAUGAUAUGAACGAGAUCUACGAUGCAAUCCAUCAAGUGGAAGAGUCGGUCCACCGGUCCAAGCAAGAGGAGAAUCACCUGCACAAAGACGACCUCGAUGGGUUAUACACUGCUAUCAACCAAGUUAACGCCGCGGUCGACCAGAUCCGGGAGGCGCCUCCACCAGAAGCGACGAUGCCAGAAAACGCAGCCUCGAAAGAAGACACCGACGCCAUUGAGACCUUGCUCCGAAAUGUGAAAGCCAAGCUUGAUGAAGUUCUCUCUGAAAACUCCGAGCCUCUUGCCAGAUCGAGCCAGAUUGAUGCCCUUGAAUUGACCCUGAAAGAUAUCAGAAUGGCAGUGGAAGACACCGGGUCACGGGCCAGCGACGACGCUACCAGAGAAGAUUUCACUCUGAUAGAGUUGAUGCUGAAGGAUGUCCAGAGUAAUGUUAAAGAGGUAAAAUUGAAGAUUGACGGCAUCCAGUCAACGGAUAGCACCAUGGAUCGGACUGAACUUCAAGUCGUGGAGACAUUGUGUAUGGACAUCAAAAGCCAGAUUGAUAGCAUCAAGAUUCCAGAAGUCGACAUGCUCUCAAGCAAGGAGGACCUGGCGGAUCUGAAGAAUGACCUGAAAGCUUUCCGAGAGCAGCUCGAGGCAGACAAUGGUCUCACUGCCCAGGCUUUUGAAGCCCGAAAGAUCGAACAUGGCGGGCUUGCGACGAAGAUCGACGAUGUCAAAAAUGUUAUUGGCGACCUACGAGAAGAGCUCGUUGGCAAGGUAGAGGGCAGUGCAGACGGCAUUGUGGAGCUGAACAAAGUACUAGGAAUGCAUCACGAUGAUAUGGGCAAGUAUGCAACAGCUUCGAGCAUUGAAGAGAUAUCAGAGAUGAUCAAGAGUGAGCUUGAACGGCACCUUGAGCAUCAUGCAAUCUCCAAAACAGAGAUGGAGGAGCGAGAUGCGACUCUGUUUACGAAACAUGAUGAGACAAGUGCUGAGAUCAAGGCGACCAUCGAGGAGAAAUUCAGCGAGCUGAUGUCCAAGUACGACGACGCACAACUCGCAAGCGACGUCAAGUUGACUGCACUUGAAGAUCGGGACAGUGCUCACCUUGAAGCCACCAGUGGCACCAAAGCUGUUGUAGAGGAUCUGAAGCUACUCGUGGACACGCUUGGGUCAACCGUUACCGAAACAUGUGAGCGCGUCUCCGAGGAUUCCAAGACCGUUUUCAGCUCGAUCGAAGAGUCCAAUUCCAAACUCGACGGCCUCCGUACUGCGAGUGCAUACGAACACGGAGUGACCCGGGAGGAAAUCGCCAAAGCAUUUGCUACAGUGACAAGGCUUGAAGAUUCGGUGACCGAACACCAGCCAGCCGUUCUGGCAGCAAUUCGUGAGGUACUAGGAGUUGUCAGCCAGCACUAUGAGCAUUCCCAGCAACAGACCGAGAACUUCGCGCAAGCCACGGAAGAGAUCAAAUCGGUGGUCGACUCGAUACCCGCAGCGAUUCCGCCCUUGCUCCCAGCCCUUCCCUCCACCCCUUCUAGCCCUGUCGUUGUCCAGGAGACGUCAGUUCCGAAAGAAUACGACGACAGUGAAGUCCAAAACAAGUUGGACAACCUCCUCUCUCACGCAGCUGAAGCCAAAGAGAUUUUCGCGGGCAUUGCAGACCAUCACAAAGACACACAGUCCUCCUUGGCCAAUAUGUCGAAGCUUGACGAGAUCCAUCAGCAAGUGAUGUCGGCAGCAGCGGAUAUUGCAAGCAUGGUGACCACGCAAGCAAGACUCGUGACAGAGCACCAUGAAACCAAGGCUGCCGAAGCCAGGGAAGCAGCCAUCGCACUGGAGAAACGGACCGCCCAAAAGGAGAAGGUUGAAUUAGAUAUUGUGGCCCUCAACCAAGAGAAGAAUGCCUUGAUAGACUCGAUGGCAAUGUUGAAGCGGGAGCAAGAGGAGCUCAGCGGACAAACCAAGAGACUGACGCGAGACGUGGCAAAGCUAGAAACGGCAUUGCAAAUUCGGCAAGAGGAGAUGCGCGAAAUGAAUGCUAGAGCCGAGGUUCUGGAACGCCGGAUCCUCGAGGGCCUUGUCAACCAAGCACGGGUGGUGAAGGCAUCGUCGAAGCCAACCGGCAGAGCCAGGGUAUCCCCGGCGGAGAGAGAUGCAUCCAUGAGCCUCAAGAGAGUACCGAGCGCGGCCAGCACGGUGACAGUCAGAACUUCUAUCAAGGGUGGGAACUCGACCAUUGGCGGCGCUGUGGGGAUGGCGUUGAAGAAGAGAACACCGUUCGGACCCAACGUCAAGACUUCAGCCACAAGAACAUCAACUGUUGACCGCCGGAUUCUCAGCACAAGCCAUGUCACCGGCAAUCGAGGUCGAAACACUCCUGAGAUGGCAAUGAUGCUCGCCCCUGUGCCUAAGUCAACAGGGCUAGUUAGCCUGAAGCGAAGUCACUCGGUCAAAAGCAACCCCAGCAGCUACCUGAACGGGCGAAAAGCAAGCUGGAACGGGGUUUCGUCUGACCUAACGGACAAGGAGAACUUCAGCGUGCAUGCGGAAGACAGUGAUAACGAUGGUGAGAGUGACGCAGGCACAGAGAGGAGAACAAGCUUCGAUACCAGCGUCAUGUACAGUGAUAGCCUGACUUACGGGACCGGCAGCUCGCUGAGCGGACACAGCGGACGUUCGACAAGCUGUGCCAGCAGCAUUGUCGGGACAGUAAAUGGCCAGACUGAGAGUAUCGCAGAGGAAGAUGAGGAUGAGAACACGGAGGAUACGCAGACAGCCAUGGUUCUGCACGACAUACCCAACGACGCUGGCCAGGUGAAUGCCGGUCAGGACAAUUCGAUGGCUCUGACAACGCUUGCCGGGUUGGAGACUCCAGACGCCCAAGCAGACGGGCUCUCUGACCUUCAGCCUCCACCUCGCAUCACGGAAGAAGGGCUCAAGUACCAUGGGAGCGAUAGCGGCCUCGGAAGCGAGCCAUUGACAGCGGGCUCUCGAGGGAGUGCCGGGGAGGCGCAGGAAUAUUUCCACAUGACUGCGCAGGAUAUGGGCACAUGA